AUGCCCGUGAGCUGGCCGUGGACAAAGACCGGAGGAGAGCCGACUUCAAACUCGCUUAAGCAAAAGCUUAAGCUUGAAAUUUCAAGAGAAACAUUCCGGACGGAGGACGACAUCCAUCUGGGGAGCUCAGCGGAGUCCGCCCGGUGGCGACUCUUCUCCCCCCAUCCGGCAACCCUGCCUCCGCCGGACGCCCAGAGGACGCCGCACAAUCGCGGCGGAGGACAAAGGCCCAUGACUCUGCCGGCUGGAGGUGACCCGCCCUCCCCCCCCCGGAGCUGCCCCUGGAGGUGCCCCCUCGGAGGUGCCCCACUCACGACCAUGCUCCUCCCGCUCCUCCUUCUCCUCGUCCUCGCCGUGAAGCUCUACUGGCUCGGCACCACCGGCCGGUGUCGGAGUCACCGCCAGCUCAUCGGCAAGACUGUUCUCGUCACUGGAGCGACUUCGGGAAUCGGGAAGGAGACAGCGCUGGACCUGUCAGCCCGGGGCGCCGCGGUUAUCCUGACCUCCAGGCACCUGACGACCGCCAAGCUCGCAGCCGAGGAGCUGAUCCGGAAGACGGGGAACCCCGCGGUGUUCCCCCUGCAGCUGGACCUGGCGAGCGCCGCCUCGGUGCGCCGGUUCUGCGCGGACGCGCGCCGGACGCACGGCCGGCUGGACGCGCUGGUCCUGAACGCCGGCGGCGCCGUCGUCCUCGACCGGCCGCGGCGGGGGCUCGGCGGCCUCGAGUACCACUGGGCCGCCAACGUCCUCGGGCACUUCCUCCUCGUCCAUCUUCUGCUCGACCUGCUGAAGAGGGGAAGCCGCGUGGUGGUGGUGACGUCAUCGGCGCACGUGUUCGGCCGGAUCGAGCUGGAUAACCUCCGCUGCGACCGCGGUUACCGGAAGUACACCGUGUUCGACGACUGCCAGCUGGGGAAACUGCUGUUCGCGAAGGAGCUCGCUCGACGCCUUCGAGCAUCCGGAGUAAUGGUGAACGCGGUUAACCCGGGUCUGACCCGGUCGAAUAUCAUCGAGCGGAGGCCUCUCUGGCUCCAAAUUGCAAUUCUGCUCCUCUGGCCUUUCAUGAAGACUCCCUCGGAUGGCGCCCAGACCUCGAUCCACUGCGCGGUCUGCGAAGACGCGGAGGGCGUGACUGGCGCUUACUUCAGCGACUGCAAGGUGGCGCGGGAGAUGAACAGGGGCGGCGACAUGGAUUUGGCACGCAAACUCUGGGAGAAGAUGGAGGAAAUCCUCGAAAUCCCGGAAUCGCAAAAAAUUCCUGAGCCGAAAUUCGUUAAACCAGACGGUCGCCAUUAACCGGACGGUUAUCUUCGAUCGAUGUUUGCCAAUCUCAUUUCUGGAUUUUGCAGCUCGAAUUUCCUUGAUAAUUCGUAUCAUACCGUUUAUACGUCAGUGCUAACAAUACGUUAACCACACCAAGAAUCG